CUGGCAAACAUGACGGCUAAAGAUGACAAGAAGACGAGCACAAAAGAUCCUUGGACCUCCAACCUGGGAAAGAUUGGGUUACAAAGAUACACAGUGGAAGAAAUAGCUGUCCGGGAUGUCCACCUGAAGAUACAAGCUGUCCAUGAGCUGAACAUCGAAGAAGAGCAUCCCGAUGUGGUGGACUUCGCGGGCUCGGUGUUGGAGCUGGGAGCGGGUCCCGGGCUGCCCGGCCUGGCCGCCGCUCAGGUCUGCAGGAAGGCUGACAAAGUCGUCAUGUCCGACAACAAGGAAAUCGUGCUGAAGCUGCUGAGGAAGAACAUCGACAAGAACUUCCCAAAAGAGAGAGAUCGGUUCCACUGUGCUCACCUCCAGUGGGGUGAUGACGUCACAUCCUUCCGAGAGAGACACGGGCGGUUUGACGUCAUCCUGGGCGCUGACCUGGCGUACUUCCGUCCGGACAUCCCCCUCCUGGUGGAGACGGCGAAGGAGCUGCUGGCCGAGAAGACCGGGAACGGUUUUGUUUCCAACAUGAACGGAAGCAUGGCUAAUCUGACCGGGGGAAACUCGACCGCGCACGGGCUGUUCUGGCCGUGUGUCCGCUGGCACCUGGAGAAAGAGAUCGACUACGACCUGGCAGUAGCCGCGUGUUCUCACCUCCCCACCCCGUUCCUGGAGGAGAACAGAAAAGUCGGCAUCGCCGCCGCCGUUGUGGGGACAGUCAGUCUCCCCAUGAACGUGUUGGUGUUGUACUGCAUCCUGAGAAGCCAACACCUGACGAAACCCAUGUACCUGUUCGUGGCAAACCUGGCGGCGGCGGACUGUGUGGCCGGCUUGUUCUCGUUCUUCAUCUGCGGUGUUCUUCAACGGGAACUCCCGCCAUAUCUGGCACUGGUGGGUGUCUUCUGCCUCUUCUUCUUCGUGCUGGUCCUGUCGGCAGUUGGCGUGGUCCUCCUGUCCGUGGAUCGCUACCUGGCCAUCCUCCACCCGAUCGUCUACCAGAGCAGGUUGUCCGGCAGACACGUGGCCGUGAGUUUGGGGAUAGCGUGGCCGGCAUGUGCUCUCGUCUGCCUGUCACCCCUCAUGGGCUGGAACUGCUUCAACAUGACAUCAGAGAACUGUACAAAAUACGUGCCGGUGGGGUACCUGAUUCUGAUCAACACCGUCUUGUUCACGGCCGUGUUGUUCGUUGUCUUCGUCAACGCUAGAAUCCUGCUCGUGCUGAAGAAGCGGUUCUCCAGGACCAGUCCGCUGGAGGCUCCCCGGGACGACCUGCCCGCCGCGCGGCGCAGAGAACAGCGAGUCGCCGUCAGACACCGCCGGCAGCUCAACAACAGCUUGAAGAAGUCCGUGACCGUCGUGAUGAUCGCAGUGGUGUUCGUCAUCAUCUGGCUGCCGAUCUGCAUCGGGGGUGUCCGGCAGAUUUCGUGCAUCGCACGGGAGGGCUGUACGCUAGAGGCAAAGCCGUACUGGGGGAUGCUUAUCGCGCUCUGCGGCUCGGUGACCAACCCGAUCAUCUACGCGUUCCGGCUGGAGAAGAUUCGCGAGGUCGUGCGCCGGAGGGCCAGGCGAUGUGCCAACGCGGUUCGCGAGAAGUUCGGGCGGUCGUCAGAUCACGUCACCAACAUUCACAUCGUCGGAGGUGUCCGCGCGACGGACGCUGCAGGACCGAGCACGCGCACCGACAGUCGGUCUGCCGCCGCACGGGCAGGCAGACAGAGGGCGCCCACAGGCGAUUUGAGAAACGCACGGAACUUGGACUCUCUAGACGUGCUCUUUGUAGCCUCAACAAAGUCGGUGAAAAUGCAUGCUAUUGAAUCUUCAAUGUAA